AUGCCUCCUCCACUUACCAUCCACUCCACCGCCUCUCUCCCCAACAACAACCACAGCUCCCUCCCGCGCCUCGGCUUCGGCGUCUACCAACUCUACGGACAGGCCUGCACGCAAGCCGUCCUUGCCGCGCUCGACGUCGGGUACCGCCACAUUGACUCGGCGCAGCUCUAUCGCAACGAGUCCGAGGUGGGCGCGGCCAUGCUGCAAUCCCCCGUCGAGCGCGAGGCUGUCUUUCUCACCACCAAGAUGCUCCACGCGACGGGAGACGCCGAAAAGACGUACGCGAGCGCGCUCGACAGCGUCAGAAAGCUCGGUGGUGACUCCGGCUACGUCGACCUAUUCCUCGUCCACGUCCCCGGCCGAAGCCGCGAGGCUCGUGAGGAGCUGUGGAAAGCGCUCGAGAGGCUGCACGGCGAGGGCAAGGCCAAGGCCAUCGGCGUGAGCAACUUUCGAGUGCAGCACCUGCAAGAGAUGAAGGACUACGCCAACGUCUGGCCGCCGCACGUGAACCAGCUCGAACUUCAUCCCUGGUGCCAGCAGCGUGAGCUGGUCCAGUUCUGCCGUGACAACGACAUCGUGCUGCAGGCCUACAGCCCGCUCUCGUGCGGCGAGUACCUCGGCGACGAGACGCUGGCUCGCGUCGCCUCCAAGCACGGCAAGUCGCCCGCUCAAGUCCUCAUCCGGUACGGCCUGCAAAAGAAUUGGGUGCCUCUGCCCAAGAGUGGGAACCCGGACAGGAUCAGGCAGAACGCUGAUGUCUUCGACUUUAUCCUCGACGACGACGACAUGGAGACCCUCGAUGGCCUCGACCAGGGUGCCACCGGCGCCCUCUUCCCAGCCAACUCCAAGUGA